UCUAUUCGUUCGGUUCUCAACGCCACCUAGCAAGCAUAUCUACAGUCAGUCACUAGCAAAAUGGCGCUCAAGGGACAAGUUGGUCAAAAGAUUAUGAACGAAGUGAUUAAACAAAAGAAGACUGGAACAAGUGGGGUACAAUGGCGUAUUUUGGUAGUUGAUCAACUGGCCAUGAGGAUGGUAUCAGCGUGCUGUAAAAUGCACGAUAUCAGUGCUCAAGGCAUCACCUUGGUAGAAGAUAUCAACAAAAAACGGGAACCGUUACCUACCAUGGAGGCGAUCUACUUGAUCACACCAUGCAAUUCGUCUGUCCAAAAGUUGAUCGAAGACUUCAGUAAUCCUACUAGAACUACUUACAAAGUAGCUCACGUUUAUUUCACGGAAGUGUGUCCGGAGGAGCUGUUCAAUGAACUCUGCAAGUCUCUCGCCGCUAAAAAGAUCAAAACCCUGAAAGAGAUCAACAUCGCUUUCCUGCCUUACGAGUCGCAGGUUUUCUCUUUGGACUCGCGUGAAACGUUCGCUUGUUUUUAUAACGCUUCCUUCUCCAACUUGAGAACAGCCAAUAUGGAAAGAAUAGCUGAACAGAUCGCGACGCUUUGUGCUACUCUCGGAGAAUAUCCAUCAGUUAGAUAUCGAAGCGAUUUCGAUCGAAAUGUUGAGCUGGCACAUAUGGUUCAACAGAAAUUGGAUGCUUACAAAGCGGAUGAACCGACUAUGGGCGAAGGACCUGAGAAAGCACGCUCCCAAUUGCUUAUCCUAGAUAGAGGAUUCGACUGUGUCUCUCCACUGUUACAUGAAUUAACGCUGCAAGCAAUGGCGUACGAUCUGUUAGAUAUUGAUAAUGAUGUCUACAGAUUCGAAGCUUCAGCGGGGGUACAAAAGGAAGUAUUAUUGGAUGAAAAUGACGAUCUAUGGGUAGAGCUUAGACAUCAACAUAUUGCUGUAGUUUCACAGAAUGUUACUAAAAAUUUAAAGAAAUUCACAGAAUCAAAAAGAAUGCCACAAGGAGACAAACAGAGCAUGAGAGACCUUUCACAAAUGAUCAAAAGAAUGCCACAGUACCAAAAGGAAUUGAGCAAAUAUGCAACACACUUACAAUUAGCGGAAGAUUGUAUGAAACGUUAUCAAGGGAAUGUAGAUAAACUGUGCAAAGUAGAACAAGAUUUAGCAAUGGGUACAGACGCUGAGGGAGAACGUAUUAAAGAUCAAAUGAAAAAUAUUACCCCGAUUUUACUCGACCAAACAGUACAUCAUUUAGACAAAUUACGAAUUAUUGCACUGUAUGUUAUUAGUAAAAAUGGUAUUUCUGAAGAGAAUCUGAACCGCCUAGUUCAUCAUGCCCAAAUAUCUGCCGACGAUAAACAAACUAUAGUAAACAUGGCAAAUCUUGGUAUCAAUAUAGUUGUAGACGGUGGAAACCGCAGAAAAUUGUAUACCGUACAACGUAAAGAAAGAAUUACAGAACAUACUUAUCAAAUGAGUCGUUGGACUCCAGUUAUGAAGGAUAUUAUGGAAGAUGCUAUUGAAGAUAAACUUGAUUCUAAACAUUUCCCCUUUUUGGCUGGACGAGCAGCAAGCUCGGGAUAUCAUGCUCCAACUAGUGCAAGAUAUGGACAUUGGCACAAAGACAAAGGUUCGCAAACCAUAAAGAACGUACCACGACUAAUCGUUUUCGUUGUCGGUGGUGUUUGUUUCUCCGAAAUACGAUGCGGUUACGAAGUUACAAAUGCUUUAAAAAAUUGGGAAGUGAUUAUUGGAUCAUCGCAUAUAAUCACACCAAAAUCCUUCUUAGAUGACCUGAGUAAACUUCACGUAUAAAGAAACUUUCAUGUUGUAAACAAAAUAAAGACACGUUCCCGCAUUCCUAAUAUGCCAUUAGCUUCGGCUCCGUCAAUAAUAAAAGCCACGAAAUAUUCAUGGAUGAUCUCGAAUUACAAUUAAAGUAUAAGAUAAGGAACAUACAGUCAAUUGUUUAAGUCGAGUAGUUAGUUAGCGACUAAUUAAAAACAUUGAAGAAUGCGAAGAAUGGCAUGUCAUAAAUAUCAUAUGGCCAGAAUGUAGAUGACGGCAGGAGGAAAAUAUAUCCGGUGUUAAGUGCCUGCACGUGGCCUGCACGAAUAAAAAAUUAAUAUGGAAUGAAUAAAUCUGUUGGCAAUAUCGAUGCUAAUCGUACGGAGAUGCUUAAUGGUAAUUUAGGCUCGCGAUUGUCUAGCUCGGAUAUCGUAUGUUAUUCCAUGUCAUAUUGUCCCUUUGUUGAUAAUACACGUUUAGCAGAGAAAUUUGAUGUAUUGUAGUGGAGAAUCGUGAUAUUCGUGUUCAAGUUUCUCGUUAUUAGUAUCUUUUUUAUCUCGCGCUUCAAAUGCUAUUCAUUGUUACAUUAUGAUAAAGAAGACAUAGUCAAUUUUGUUUACAAAGUCAGUAUUUCUUCUUCAAUUCAUACGAGAAUUGAGUAUAUUAUAUAUAUAUAUAUAUAUAUAUGCUUUAGUCAUAUUGAUUUCAGUAAGACAUAAUUUAAUGAAACUAUACGAUGGCAUUGAUAUUUAUUUUAUAAGUGGUUAAAGCUAUUAAAAUAUCUUUAAAGAUACAAAUGUUUAAGUAUCUUGCUGUACAAUAAAGCGAUAGAUAUACAUUUA